GCAGGGAUGACCGGGGGAAGUUGCGACUCACGCCAGUGAGGAGGAAAUAAUAAGAAUGUUACCUUCUCAUGAAUUAUUAAGUACACUGUGCCUAUUUUAGUCCGACUGAAAAUGCUGCAUUUUCAUCUGUUGGUCGGAGGCAGUGUGCAAGGUUUUUUUUUAUUUGACAGCUGUAUUACUGCUGAUAAGCGAGACUGUGUGAGCUGAUCAAGUAGUGAGACAAGCGUUCAGAGCAGUAGCAGCACAGCAGCAGCAGCGCUCUAGUCACUAGGAGCCGUGGCGGCAGAAGCAGCAGCAGCAGCACUAUCAGUCACAGCAGAGGCAGCAACGGCAGCAGCAGCAGCAGCAACAAACUCUCCUCUGUCUUUUUCUCUUCUUUCCGGAGUUGCUUCCUGCUCAGGGGACAAAAGCCAAGGAAGUAGGAGAGAAGUGAUCCAGGGCUGACAGCUGCCACCAAAAACAAAACCAAAACGCAGACCUGGCUGCCCCCAUGCCUAUCGAAUUUGUUUGCAAAAUCAAAUUUGCAGAGGAGGAUGAGAAGCAGAAAAGCAAGCAGGAUGGGGACAAGGAGAGCCUGAUCGAGGAGAGCUGCACACCUCCGGCUAAGGACUUGGUCGGGUUUGCUAACUCCUGCUCUCUUCAUGGGAUUAACCACAUCUUUGUCUCUGGUCGCCUGGGCAUCCGGCAGACUCUCUGGGCUCUUGCCUUUCUGACUUCACUGGCACUGUUUCUAUACCACGCGGCUAAGUGUGCCAUCUCUUACCUGGAGCACCCUCAUGUCACGUCUCUGAAUGAAGAGGCGAGCCCAGAGAUGGUUUUCCCCGCUGUGACCAUCUGCAAUAUCAACCGCUUUCGCUUCUCCGCGCUCACCGAUGCCGACAUCUACCACCUGGCUAACUUGACAGGUCUGCCCCCCAAAAACAAGGAUGGGCACAAACCUACUGAUUUGAUGUAUCCUGCCCCUGACAUGCAGGACAUCUUCAACAGGACAGGACAUCAGUUAGAAGAGAUGCUCAAGAGCUGCAAUUUCAGUGGACAGAACUGUUCAGCUGAGGACUUCUCUGUGGUUUACACCAGAUAUGGGAAAUGCUAUACCUUUAAUGGCAACAAGACGACAUCCAGGAAAAGCAAGCAGGGUGGAAUGGGAAAUGGGCUGGAGAUCAUGCUGGAUAUCCAGCAGGAUGAGUAUCUGCCCAUCUGGAGAGAGACAAACGAGACAUCCCUGGAGGCCGGCAUCCGAGUUCAGAUCCACAGUCAGGACGAGCCUCCCUACAUCCACCAGCUGGGCUUUGGCGUCUCUCCGGGCUUCCAGACCUUUGUUUCAUGUCAGGAGCAGAGGCUGACCUAUCUGCCCCAGCCCUGGGGGAACUGCCGCUCCACCAGCAAAGAGAAGUUCCCAGGAUACGACACAUACAGCAUCAGUGCAUGUCGCUUGCUCUGCGAGACCAACGAGGUCCUGCGAGUGUGCAGCUGCAGGAUGGUGCACAUGCCCGGAACUGCAGAUAUCUGCCCUCCCAGUAAAAUCAACUGUGUUGAUAAAGCACUCGCACAGCUACAGAAGAACAGUGGGGAUACCUGUCCAUGCGAGACGCCCUGUAAUCUCACUCGCUACGGUAAAGAGCUCUCCAUGGUCAAAAUCCCCAGCAAGGGCUCUGCCCGCUAUCUCUCCAGGAAAUACGACAAGUCAGAGGAGUACAUCAGAGACAACUUCCUGGUCUUAGAUAUCUUCUUUGAAGCUCUCAACUAUGAAACAAUUGAGCAAAAGAAAGCCUACGAUGUUGCAGGUUUAUUAGGUGACAUUGGUGGACAGAUGGGCUUAUUCAUUGGAGCCAGCAUCCUGACAGUCUUAGAAAUACUGGAUUAUAUCUAUGAGAUGAUCAAGCACCGGCUACAGCAUCUGCUGAGGCCGAAGAAAGAGGAGAAGAAGAACAAGAACAAGCAGCAGACCAGCACUGUUGCAACAGUGGGUCUAGAGGAAAUAAAAGCAAAGCAGGAGCCGAAUGACAUGACACGGAGUCACCCAGAGGGGGCGUACGCCAACACGAUCCUCCCCAACCACCACCACCCUAUCCCACACCCCCAUCACCACCACGGGGUAUUUGAGGACUUCGCUUGCUAGAGCCAACCGUCAUUUCCAGUCCUGGUGACACCAAAAGAUGAAAACCGUCCGUGUUCAGAUCAAUAACGGACCCAUAAUAACGGCAUUUCCGUCGCUCCUUUGCUGUCACCAGUGAAAAGCUACAGCCAAAGUCAAACACCAAACUUGUGCUGCUAACAAAGCACUUGUACGUAUGUAGGCACAAAUUGGACACCGCUUUUUUGUUUUCUCUGGAUGGGACACCUCUCAACUUUGUGCAUCAGGGCCAAUUUUUGGUACAUGAUCACAACAAUGGGACAAGAGGACUGUAUUUCACCUUGACCGUGUUUAUACUCCUAAUGAUUUAUUUAUUCUGCUAGCGUCUCUGAUUUCUUUCUGUCUCUCCAUUUAUCCCUCCAACUGCUCCCCCUACGUCACGGAAAACACACUGUACCAUAUAAAGCCAUUACACUUUCUAAAUUAUGUAAUUAUUUAAAGAGGUACUAUUAUCUAUAUGUUCUAUAUUGUAUACAAGGUGAGCAUACUUACAGAAAGCAAAUCUUACUCAUGUAACAUCCAUCCAAAAUAUGAGGGGAAUUAUUUAGGCUGAACUGUAGACCUUGGCUUUAGAUCUAGCAGCAUCUUUCCACAUGAUACACUUUGUCUGGUUUGUGGUUAAAGGUGUUAGAGAGUAGCAUUGUACCUGUACAUAAAGUCCAACUUUAAAAUGAGAAAGUUCUAAAGUUCUGUUUCAAUGGUUGUCGUUUAUAUUCAGUUAAUAUAUAACUUAUGAAAUAUUAAUUUGAGUUAUUUAUACAUUUUAGGGAAGACUUUUAUAUGACAAUAGCGGUCAUGAUUGUAGCAAAUACUUACACUUACAAUCUGCAGAUAUGUUAGACUGCCAAACAUUAAUACAUUUGUCCAGGUAACAAAAACGGACUGUAUGCAUCGUGACUAUUAUCUCCAUCUUUUCUUUUAUGUGUCCUGCUUUUACCAAGACGACACACAGAUCCUGGAUGAGGAGUGGAUGAUGUCUUCAGUUAUGAAAUGGUUGUACUUAGAUGUUUCUUCUUAUUCAAUUCAUUUCUGCCCACCAUCCACUCUCCACUCUGGUUAGCAUCAUAACUUUGAGCUGACAUAAGCAAUAAGAAACAGAAUUUUAUUUUUUGCCGAGUCAUCUCCUUCAGCUUGUGGGCCCUCUGUAAAAGUGUAGCAGCAAUUUACAGUGUAGACCCGGCAUCAAUGUGUGUGUGUUUGUUUGUUUGUUUGUUUGUUUGCAUGUGCACUUUAACAUUUUGCACACAUGACUGAGCACAUCAGGCUGAUGCGACUCUGGUGGAAAAAAAAGGAAUGUUUGAAAAUCGACAUAGUUAGCAAAAAAAAAGGCGUAGAGUUUUAUUGCAGUAGUAAGGUUGUAAUCUAAUAAAUGUAGAGUUAGGACAGCCAGAGUUGAAAUAUUCUCAGUGGGUAACUUAAUCCUCAAUGGACGGGACAAAGACACAAUAUUUUUUAAGAGCACAAGUUAGCAAAGUGGGAAUGAAAUAUAAAAAUGGAGACUUUCACAUUGAUUCACUCAUAAUCAUGUUUGUCGUUAUCACGGAAAGUCGGCUCGCUCAUUUGCCCUUAUGCACUGCAGGAACUUUAAGAACCUGUAACCCUGACUUCCCAUAAUCUUGUCUUUUAAGAAUUUGUGAGCUUCUUCUUGUGUCACUCUAUAAAUUGAGACGUUUGAGAUUCGCACUGUUAAAAAGGCAGCAACGGUCCCAACUAUACUGUCACAUAAGUGGGACAGACAACAACAGAGGAAGCAGUUAGGGUAUUCAUUUUCUUGCACAUUUAUAGGGCACAGUUGCUGACGACUUUAGAUGGUCUAAAUAACUGCAGGCUAGUACUGACUUUCUAGGACUAGAUUGACAAACUAGGUACUCUAGACAAUUUGGCAUAACUUGACACCUUUCUUUGUCAGUAGAAAGAGUUAACUCGGCCCAAUUUAUUUCCUUCUUUUCUCACCCUCUUUCUUUUAUCAACGGGCUUCAAUCUAAUAUUACUUACAGUACAGGCACACUAUAUUGUACUUUCUUAUUUGUCUUCAUUGAAUAAAUACGUCUGAUGUUGCCCCAUCAUCAACUAAUGUAUUUGGCAAUGCUAGGGUACAAUAAAUUUGAACUACAUAGCAUAGCAUGGCAGCAACUUAUUUGCCAGCAUGCAGCAGUUUGGGCUUCAAAACAUCACAACCUUUUUUGUUGCUAAUUGUCAACACAUUUUGUCGGGCUAAAUUUUAAAGCCCAACCCUAAACUGCACAAAAUCAAGCCAGCUUAAUGCCCCCUAAAUUUUGAUAGGCCUUUGACAAUCCCAUCUGCACGCAAUUCCUAACAUUUGUCUGGGGAAUGUAUGAAAUACUUCACAUUAGAGGAUAUCAUGUUUACAAAUGACAACAUAACUUUUCUGUUAAUUUGAUCGGUGCAUUCUGUUGCCGCAAUAUCUCCAUUCAUCACUUUAACUCACAAUGAGAUUCCACAGUCCUCCAUCUGUCAACUCCCCUCCUCCUGUCAAGUAAUCAUGGGCUAUACAUGGCUGUUUAAUAUUCAUAAUCAUGUGUCACUUUGACAUUUUCAAAAGGUUCCCAAUCACGGUCUCUGAUGGCAUCCUGUACAGGCUAUGCAUAACAAUCUUCUCCUCUGUCAUCAAUAAUUGUAGCUAUCCUCAGACAAGUCACACUGGGGCUGGUGUGUUGAGAUGAAUACUGGGCAGCUUAUCGCUGUAGAGUUGUGUUUGAACGGUCGAGCCUGGAGUUGAUGUAGAAAGGUUUUCGAUCCUCGAGACGCUGCGCACUUUAAAACACAACCCGAUUCAUUUGGAUCACAAAAGCAUUUAAAAACACAGAUAAAUCAAUUACAAAUGGUUGAUUUUACAUCAGCAUGCCGUACGCGUGAGGUGCCACGGGACUGAGUGGUGGGCUGCAAGUCUGUACUGUAGCAAGUCUGUACUGUGGGACAACCUUCCUGCUGACAUGUAGCUCACAUUCCUGGGAUUCCUCAAGCCUCUACUCUUAGCUCCCUUCUUGCACAUCUCUAUGGGUCUAUCUUUUUAUAGCUCCAUGACAUUCAGUCACAUGUAGUGCCAUUUGUGCUUAUUGCAUUAUCUGUAAAAAAGAAACGAUUUAAUCCGACCAGCCACCAAUGUUCAUUUUUGAAGAUCUGUCCUCCUUUUUCAGCCGUUUGUUUUUUGGCUGAGGUCUGAGAGGUCAUCCGAGUAGAGAAAAAAAAUAUGAGUGCAGGGUGACACAAGCAGCCGUCAGGAAUUCCUUCUCAGAAAAACCUUUCCUAAGAAGGAAUUCCAUCACACAUCUGACAGACAAGGAAAUGUACCGUCACUGCAGGAACAAGGAACGCUUACAUUUUGUACAGAUUUGUGAUCUUGUGAUUAUUUCCUCUGUUAAAACACAUUUUAUAAAUGUUAAAUAUGGUAAAUACGAUAACUAUUAAAGUUUAGAUUGGUAAAACCAGUGCCUCCUAAAUCCAAAGCCCAAUUCAAUUUCACAUUGUGUAUUUAUUCUUCACACACUCGACAUGCAUUUCAAUUUUACCACUCACUUUAAAGCCUUUCCACCAUUGCUAUGAAAAGAAAUACAAGGUUACAAAAAGAUUGAAGGCAUUUCAGUGGUAGGUUUCUUUUGGGGGGGGGGGAUAUGGGACGCCUUUGAAAAAGUGUAAUUGUCUAGUUCAGAUAAGUGAUGCGUUUCCUUGAUCAUUCUUCUUAAUGUCUAGCAAUUUGUGUAAUUCUGCUUCUUAAAAUACCCUCCAGGGGAACCCAAAUUGUUGUGAAAACGGAAAACUUCUUGUUUCUAGGGGACUUGAAACCACCGUGUCCCCAUGUGGGAGGAGAAAGUCCUGGGAUCGAACGUAAAACGAAGUACAAAAUAAUGACUUACAAUUAACUCCCAGCUGCUCUGUAGUUAUGUGGUUUUACAGCAUGCCUCAGGGUAGUGCAUACGGACCCUUGAAAUAACUAAAGCUGUUAUUAAGGUUGCAAAAUUUUCCCGUUUUUACCCAACCCAGACAUCAGGAAUACCUCAUUUCUGACAUGGGCAAGAAUGUUCACUGCAGUCCUACUGAGCACACACUGUGAACAUGAAUGAGAAAAGCAAUCGUGUUUGUGUUAGAAAUCUCUAAAUGUUGUUCAGUAACGCUGCUCACCUCAGCGACUGGCAGCCAGUCCUGGUCGAGGACCUGUGCUGCCGACAGUAAACGCGCUCUUUUGCUGACACCUAAAGGACAAACUGCACUUAUGAAUACUAUUUUCCCCCUCCAAAAAAUAAAAUAAACGCAAGAAAAAGAGGAAAUGUGUAUAUUCAAAUACCCUUUAUUUAAAAAUUACAAUAAUUCACAGUUCAUUAGAAAUUACAGCACACAAUUAAAUGUGAUGAGUACUAAUUAAAACGUAUUGCUUUGGUUAUACUCGUACCGAUAUGCAUAAAAUAAUGUAAACCAAUCCAAACAUCAAUGGAAAUCGGAAAAAAAAACAAAAUCGAUGUAUUUGCCCGCUUUUUUAAAAAAUAAUUUACUUGAUUGAAAGGGAGUGUAACAAAAGCAUAUUAUUAAAUUCAUGGUCAAAUGACAUGAUUUUCAAAGCACAAAUUAGGAUACAGUAUAUGUUUGUCACCAAAAAUAAAGUAUCAAUUGCUUGUGUACAUAAAGCUACAAAAGGCUUAAAAAUAGAAUCUAUAAAAUAUUUAUAUACAGAGAAUGUCAUGAAAGCCUCUGUUAGUGCGGAAGUCUUCAGAAUCUGCAUAAUUCAUAGAGAAAUGACAAAUGAAAAAGUUAUGAACAAAAUACUUGAGACGUGCCCCUCGACGGUGGCUGUUUUAACAACACAAGGUGAUUAAUCUGCCACGUCCACAGAAGGCAGACACGACGCAGAUCAACCACAAUAACUUCAUAUUGUAAUCUAAGCCCUUCAUCUUUCACAGUGGUUUUUGGAAGAUUCAGUUUCCAAUUUGCGCACAGCAUUAGUGUCGUACUCGUUCUGCUCUCGUCAAGAAAGAGAUGCGUUAUAAAAGAAAUGACCUCCGUGGUCUUUGGUCACAUGGCAGAAAAUACAGCAAACGGUGUCGAGGAUCACCACUUCCAAUAAGUAAGUUUGCAUUCAAUUAAAGUUAAAUAAAAUGCCUUAAUUUGACGUAUUUCAAAGUAAAUUUGAUGAAAAGUGUCUAGUGUCAGUAAAAUACAUUAAAAGGUCUUGUCAAUUACAGUGUAUUUACUUAACAUUGAACGGAAAGCAGUCUAACUUUAUGUAAUGUCGUGAACAGUAUUGUGGUAAACGCACUGCUCUACUUACAGCAAAUGUCUUUGCCCUCCAUCAGACAUCAAGACAGUUGUGUUAUCUGUAAUAUUGCACAUUAUAAACAUACUAACAUCUUUCUUGUGUCCAGUACAGCUACCGCCACCACUCAGUAAAGUAGAAAAAGGCCUCCCAUUGGACUGCACUGCAACUGGGUUAAGCCACCAUUUCUAAAGCUGAGCUCACCAUUCAAUAACUUACAAAAACUUUAGCAAUACAGUCCCCAAAAAUACUUUGGAACAUUUAAACAUCUUAGUAUUAAAACCGCCUGCUAUUCUUGAUGUUUCAUACAUUCUUAAAUUUCCAUCAUUUCUAAACUAAUUAAAUCCUGUUUUAUGAGGACUCACCCGGGCAAUCACUGCAGACAUUUACCAAGGUGAUUUCUUUCCCCCCAUUAUUCAUAAAUUCUCCUUUGUCUCCCUGCAUGUGAAUUUUCUUGCAACAUCAAAAGGUUUCAUGGAGAAAACUUGAAGUCGUGUGCAGACUGCUGGAAUACACUAGUCUGCAUCUAUGACCUCUGAAGACACUCUCGACCAAGUCCCUCCCUGCUUUGAGGCACGUACACAACCUGCGGAUGGUCGGGAUCUUGAUAUUUCCGAGACACCUUUAAAUAAAAUUGUAGGUUGACCGACUACCCAUUCAGUUCUCCCAGCUGUGUAACAUUACUUUAUCCACAGUGAAAGCUGAUACCUCCCACCUGUUCAGAACUAUUAUUCAUCUUUUAGGUACGAAUGAAAAAUGUGCAUCACCUGAAGGGGUGAACUGCAAAACAUAAAGAUCAUUUAAAAACAGUCAGCAUAUGACAAGUCAGUGUCAAGGCACAUACAGUAAAGAUGCGCUUUUGUAAAAACUCAAAUUAGUAAAUAUCAAAAGCA